AAAAGCUCCUCUCGAAAUGCAACAAGAAGCGAAUGGGUCUUACUAUACGCUUAGUUUAUUAGCGAACCUCGAGCUGAACGGUCGUGCUUUUUUCUUAUAUAUUAUAUAUUCGGUUUUUCAAAGAUCUUGCGUUUUUUCCAAGAUCUUGGGUGGAGCCCAGCCAGGUGUUAGAUUCUCGAAUGAUAGGCAGUGAUUGGGUUAAUUUUUGAGACGCGUAAACGAGGUGACAUGAUGAGGGCCCAAUUAAUGGUGAUGGCCAUCGUUUUGGUGAUGACUGCGAUCUGCGGUUUUGCCACCGGUGCUGUGCUGGAAGUCACCGAUGCCCCUGCUCCAUCCACAACCACCCAAAAGUGGCAGCGACUCAAACUUCCGAGGUUCAGUGAGCAGCACUUCGAUGCCGAGGGUCGACUACAAGGAUCUGAUGAGCAAUCUGCACGAUCGCGUCGGCGUCUUGGUGACCUUGGACGAGGACCAGCGCAACCGCCUGGAAGCCAUCGAUAAGAAAUUGGAUCUCCUAAGAGAGAGCAAUGCUGACCGAAUGGAAUCGAUUAAGGCCCAGCAAUUGGACUUCAAGCUGCGGUUGGACAGCUUCGAACAUAUUCAGCGGCUGUCGAGGGAAACUCUGGAUGAGAUUAAAGGUGAAACCGACCACAUUUCCGGUCCACGGCGUGUUAGGGAGUCGAAACACAAGCUCAAUAAUCGUAAAAAGAUGAAUGCACUCUCACGACCUAUCAGGGAUGUUUCGCAGGAUGGGAGUACUGGUGGGUCUUACAAUCCCAGUGUAAUAGAUUCAAAUCGCCUGGAUUCCUUGGCCACUCUUUUGACUUCCACUCGUCUCGGUGUGAGAUCAGCGCAGCUUGAAGUGACCAAUCUUUCAUGGAAAAUUAGGGCUCAGAAUAAACUUGUACAGGAGUUGGCCCUUUUGAUAAGAAACUCCCACAAUCCAACUGGCAGUUCACAUAGCCUCCCAACGCCAGACAGCUGCGAGUAUUACGAGCUCGGACACGACGGAAUCCUAAAGAUAAAGCUCACUCCGACAUCCGAUUCCUUCUACGUGUCCUGCGAAAAAGAUUGGACAGUGAUCCUGAGUCGCACCUCCGAUGAUGUGAGCUUUGAACGUGGCUGGCAGGAUUAUAAGGAAGGCUUCGGCAACGUGGCUGGGGAUUUCUUCAUUGGUCUAAUCAAACUCAAUGCCCUGACCUCAUCGGCUUUGCAUGAGCUAAGGAUCGAGAUGGAGGACUAUACGGGCGUCAAAGCGAAUGCGACCUAUUCCCUCUUCGCCAUUGGCGGCGAAAGCGAGCUGUUCCCCCUAAGUUUGUUGGGGAAAUUCAAUGCUAGCAUGACCGACACGGCAGGCGAUGCCCUGUCUUACCAUGCCGGUGCCAAAUUCAGCACAUUAGACAAUGAUAAUGACAACUGCCUAGACUGCAACUGUGCUAUGAGGCACAAGGGAGCUGGGUGGUAUAUAAAUUGUGCCACCAGCAACUCGUUCGGCCAACAUUUCCCUGAGCGCUUCGCUGAAGCUGGUGAGACCGGAAUCUUUUGGGACACCUUCCGAGGACGAGAUUACUCCGUGAAAAAGGUGCGCUGGAUGAUACGCGCCAUUAAAGCAUCGGACGUGCUAUAAUAUAUCUGUGCAUUUGUUCACAUCCGACUGCCAUCUCAGAAAUCAGGGACUACCCACAAUCGAUUGCAUGCAUUUGAACUCUAGCUUUAGCUUUAAAUCUCUCUGCCCACACGCACAUAAUAUUUAUGGAAAAUUACUUAAUACUUAGAUGAUACAUUGAUGUUUAGCACAA